AAAAAACGCUCAUCUUUUCAUUCAUGUCUCGGAGUUUUGGAAAUCGUGUCGUGUGAAGAUUCGCAGUGGGCACAAUGACGUCCCGGUCGAACACCUUCCCCCUGAACGCUUUGGCUAAUUGUAUCAACUAUGGAUGUCGUGAAGUAAUCAUGAUGAAGUCGCAUGUUAAACCGUGUGAAGUUUUAAGAGCAUGACUCCUCCUGAUCAUAGUACACGACCAUGUUCCCUCCGACAUCGUUUCCUGGGGUGCCGGUGGUCUCAGCGAGUGGACACCAUCAAGUCCAAGUCAGCACCGGCAUGGCGGUAGAGGAAUCACAGCAGCGUUGUAGCAUCGACAUCGUUUGGUUCAAACGUGACUUGCGGAUCCACGAUCAUGCUCCACUUGUCGCAGCUUUGGAAGCUAGGAGAGGAGCUGGAGCAGGUGGGCAAGCUUUUGUACAAUCUUCCGUACUACAAUCCUCCUCCAAUCCGCACAGCUGCAAUUUUUCUAUUGAUGCCAGCAUUCUGCCGAUCUACAUCCUCGAACCCGAACUGUGGCGAUUACCCGACAUGUCCCACAGGCACUACCUGUUUCUCGAAGAGUCCGUGAGUGAACUGGCGAGAGACCUGAAGGAGCAUUUGGGUUUGACCUUGCAUGUCUUCGUUGGGGAGGCAGUGGAUGUGUUGGACGAAGUGUGGACGCAACUAAUUAGGGCUCAAUAUGAACAUUUACUUAUGUGCUGCUGCUGGUUUUCGAUUGGACACAGACACAAAGAAUGUAAUUAACCUCCUCCCAUAAAAGGACGAUAGUGUUUUCCCCCUUAUUUUCGCUUAGAGGUGUCCCGCAGAUCUUGAGUGGCGUUCACCUUUUUUUUAGGUGAAGGUUUAGAUCCUGCGACGCUCAAAGCACUAAGUAAAACAACCGGUUAGUUUUCACCUCCACAGUCUUAGGCUUAUCCCAUGCAACAAGUCACUUCUGCAAGUCAUUGCCAUUUCUCCCUAUUUUCUUCUUAGGAUUGGGAGAAAUGUAUGCAAGUGCAGCGCGUUUCUCCCUAUUUUCUUCUUGGGAUUGGGAGAAAUGUAGGCAAGUGCAGCGCGUUUCUCCCUAUUUUCUUCUUAGGAUUGGGAGAAAAAAUGUAGGCAAGUACAGCUCGUUUCUCCUUAUUUCUUUCUUAGGACGAUUGGGAGAAUAAAUGUAGGCAAGAAAUAAAUUGUUUUGAGCUCUAAACUAAGUAGCACCUCGAGUAGGACUGUUUUUACUCUGCGUUCCCACCAAGAGACGUGGAAUUGGUGGACGUACCAGAGAGAUCGCGCAGUAAGGCGAUGGUGUAGAUCUAGAAACAUCGCUUGGCGUGAGCCAAGACAGACUGGUGUGGUGCGUCGAUUGAAGGAUAGAAAUGGGUGGUCGAGACAGUGGGAGACGUUCAUGCGAUCUGCGCAACCGGAUAUCAAAUCACACAUGCUGGUGACUCAGUGGACUACGGACAACGUCAAUGUCGAAGGUGUAGACCAGAAACAGUGCAGCCAGUCCUCCUACCAGUCUGUGCAGGAGCAUGUAGACUUCGUACUGAGUAGUCGACGGUGUAAAACUCGCUAUUUUGGUGAAGAAGAACCCUCUUCGUCUUCGUCAGACCACAACAACAAGGCGACCCGCCAACAGCUGAAAAUGUCAAAAGCUCUUCCCCACCCCUCUCGUUUCGGUUUGGAGUUUGAUGGGUGCAAGGGCAGACAGCGUGGUGGACGACGCAAUGGCGUUUUCAUGCUGCGUAGUUUCUUAGAUGGGCGUGGCUGUGGCUACAGUAAAAACGUAUCUAGCCCUAUCACUGCAUGGGAAGGUUGUGCCAGGCUUUCGGUCCAUCUGGCGUUUGGCACGGUGUCACUAAGAGAAGUCUUUCAGGCGACAGAGAAAGCGCGGGAAAAAAGUCAAGCACUUAAGAAGGAAAAAGCUGGAAAUAGUAGAGGGACGAAAGGAGCUGCUAAGGCUAAAGCAGGAAGUGGAACUGGUGCAACAAACAGCUUUAGUAGUUCUACUAGUUCUACUUCUAUUCCUACUGCAACAACAGCUUUAGUCGUCGGAGCCUCUUCCACUAGUUCUACUACAUCAAAAACUACUCCUACUGCGCCUGCGAACCCUCCACCUCUCACCACAGUCCUCAACGGUCGAGACUUGAACUCCUUUGGAUCUCGAUUGCGAUGGCACUGUCAUUUCGGUCAGAAACUAGAAGACGAGCCUUUGCUUGAAUUCCAGAACCUGCAUAGCGGAUAUGACGGUCUGCGAGAAGAGAAUGCUAUUAGUGAUGAACAAGCUAAAAGCGUGUCUGAGUGGGCCUGUGCGACUUGCAAUAUGAAUGCUGUGGUUUCAUCAGGAGGUGGCGAAGCCCUUACGCGGCAAGAACAUCAUCUGCUAGAGGGUUAUGAACAUUGCGAAGCCCUCGCACGGCAUCAAGAACAUCAUCUGCUAGAGGGUUAUGAACAUUGGAUACAAAAACGGAGGAAAUCCUCAAGCGGCCAAUUUUCAGUGGUUUCACCUGGUGAAAUUCCUGAAGAAAGAAUAGGUUUGGUCAAGUUCCAACACUGGGCUUCCGGAACCACCGGUUACCCGAUGAUUGAUGGCUGUAUGCGUGCUCUAAUCGAAACCGGGUGGGUCAAUUUUCGUAUGCGUGCGAUGUUAGUCUCCUUCGCCUGUUUUCACUUGUGGUUACACUGGAGACCGGUGUCUAUACACUUAGCUCGUUUGUUUACGGACUACGAGCCAGGGAUCCACUACCCGCAGUGUCAGAUGCAAGCAGGGACCACCGGGAUUAACACGAUUAGGUGUUACAAUCCGAUAAAACAAAGCGAAGAUCAAGAUCCGGACGGACGGUUCUUGAAAAGGUGGUUGCCAGAGGUGUUUUUAGGAGGUGAACACAUCAAUAGAAAAGAUAGAGAUAUUAGGCGGGAACGCAGACCAGCAUUAGAUGAUAAGGUACAAGUAGAGUCGACAAAGACAAAGCCAUCGACUUGUUCUUCAAUGGCUAUUCCUCCUGUCGCUGUCCUGGAGACCCAAACCACAGCCAAAGUCGACUAUUUCGUACCUCGAAGUACAGGGCAGACAGCGUUUGUCACUGGUACUACACGUAGCGUCCAUUCGCCUUGGUUGCGGAACGACUUCCAGCCACCUAGAGCUGCACAGUUUUGGAUCGACGACAAGGAAUUAAAGAAAGUGAUAGCAGCAGAGAAGAAAAAGAUGAAACAAACAGUGGCUGCUAAGGCGAAGGCGGCAGGAGGCAAAAAAGGUGGGCAGAAGAGCAUAUUGGAGAUGUUUAGUGCGGCUCACGACGAAAGUCAAAAACAAAAUGGAAACGAGGAGGAUGAAGAACCUCUUUGCGAUUUAGAUAAAGAAGAUGACGACGCUGGUGGGGAUGCGAUGUCUAUGGAUACAACUAGCAAGUCACAACCUAGAAGUAGUACAAUCGCGCCACCACCUGCUCAACCUGCCCAUCUUACUGCGAGUCAACUAGUCCUGUUAAAACGUCUGAAGAAGAUUAUGGACGAACAAGCACUAGCCUUUCAUCGAGAAGCUAUGUUGAUAAGUGGUAAUGGUAAGACUAAGAGUAAUGCGGGUAGUACUGCUACUGCUCUUGUUCUACAAGAGCCCAGUGGUCGUUUCCUCAAUAAAAUUCUUCUCUAUACCGGUUUUCCUAUUGUCGAGGAGAAAGCUGGAAGACGAUACGCUUUAGACAUCAUUCAUGGGCUUCGAAAGAUGGACACUGUGAAAGUCGAAGCUCAACAAGUAGUGAAAAAACACGGAAGUCGUACAAGGGCUAGUGACCAUAGGACUUUGGAUUUGAAAGUAUCUUCGCCGAAUUUGUUGAAUGGCAAUAGUCUUGCCGGUGCGGGAGUAGGAGAUGCAGCUGUAGCCAAUGGAGGCAGUACUCACGUCCCCGAUAUCGACAUGACAUCCACACUGUCCUUUGGCGAAAACGGAGAAAAGGUACUAGUUGGAUGGAAAAAACAGAAGAAAGGAGGACCUGCGCCACCACCUACUACGAAGAAAUUUCUAGCGGUAACAAACAGUGUAGAGGGUAAUUCUUCAUCGACGCUGACCACAUCAUCCGGCACCUCCAGUUCGUCAACAUUGCCAGUACCAGUGAAGCGACCCGCUCGCGUGACUAAGAAAGGACCAGAUGGACCACCAAGAAGGAAUGGCAGGCCUAAUCUUUUUCCAGAUAUUUUCCCCAUUCAUGAAGAUCAAGUGGCAGAAGAACAACCACCAACGUCCAACAAUACCGCAAAGAGACGGAAAAUUGGCGUACUAGAUGUUGAAGGAUUGUCUUUGUCCGACUCCGAUGACGAAAUUUUGCUGGAUUUGACGACUGUCCGACAGGAAAGCAAAGGUUCAUCUGGUACAAGUGCGAAAGACCCCUUUCCUGGAGGUACAACAGUUUCCUAUAAUCCACAGUACAACAUCGAGCAGGAGCAGGAGGAUGAGGACCUCGCACGCGGCCCAGCCGAUCCAGACGAUCCUGCGAGUGUCAUCGCCAGCCUAAACAAUAAUCCGAUUGGGGUCAUUGAUUUGUCUUCGGAUGAUGAGGAGGAUGUGGAUAUUUCUGGGAGAGUACAAGCGUCAGGACCACAGGCAGCUGAGGAGGAUGUGAAUAUUUCUGGGAGGGUGCAACAACCUCGAGGACCAAAUGCAGGUGGUGGCCAUCAAACAAAUCUUCAGGGGAAUGUGACAAGAACAGACCACGACAGGGUGGGACGAGGCAUUUCAUGUUUAACAACACCGGUUAAUCUUACUGUCGUGAACAAGGGUCAUGGUAAACCUGAUCAUGAUAAAGAAGAUGAUGAUAUCAUUGUGAUUUCAGAUUCUGACAUUUAUGAUGGCGAAGAAGUGCCUUAA